AUGGCUUUUAUGGCUCGACAGAACCAGAGGGGCGAAGUGGUGGAUCGCAAGCAGCUGUCGGGCCGUCGUACCCGUGACAUGCGCGACCUGAGCGACUCGGAGGAGUCGACUGCGGGACUCACCAAUCGCACUCUCUAUCCACUCGUAGCAGAUGCCGACACGGACACAGACUCUUCAUCCUGCACCCUGGUGGGCAAUCGAGAGGAUGUUGCUGAGUUCCUGGACACUGACACCGACACCGAAACCGAAACUAUGGCGAGCUUCUGCCGGGAACUGGAGGAAGGGGAACUGGGAGAUGCAUUGGCAGGUCUCGGCCUCGAGGAGGGCAAUAAGUGGGGCUGCCAGGAGGAUUGGCGAAGUGAGACAGGGACCCUUGUACCGGCCGCGUCUAUCGGCGAUUGCAGGGACCUCUCGGAGUCCACCCUCAUCCAGGGAGGGGCUUCACCCACCGACAGUCUGAAGUCCUACAACAGCUGCAGGACCUACCUCCUGAGCAGUGAAACACCAGAGGACAUGGAGGCCAGCGAAGAUCGCGAACUGAUGACCAGCAGCAGCUGCACCCCGGACACUGCGAGGGAGUCCCUCUGCAGCUGGAGUGACGCGUAUGCCGCUGUCCUCGAGGCACCGGAGGGUGGCAGUAACUUUCUGCCCUCUCUGAACUUGGAGAGCUGCAGCCCGCACGUUUCCACCGGGUUCAAGAGCCUCGAAGCCCAGAAGAAGGAUCGCGACAGCCUGCAGUUCGAGGCGUGGAAGCAGCGCAAGGCGGAGGAGCGCAAGAAGAAGAUUCUGGCCGCGAAGCGGGAACGCGAGAAGCGCGAAAGGGCGACUACCGAGCGCUUGGAGCAGUCUCAGAGGCAGGUCAGGGAGUGGCGUCUCCGGAAGGAGCAGCAGGAGCGGAACAACACGUCCACGCUCAUCCAGAAGAAGUCCUGCACAUCCGUCCCUGGCCCUGUCCCUAGCGCCGCAGGGUGCCGCCAGAAGGAGACCGCGGAGGAGCGUAGAGAGCGCCUCAAGGAGUGGGAGCGCCGCAAGGUGGCGCAGCAGCAGCAGGAGCGGGAUCGCGCUCGACGCCAGCGUGAGCAGAAGGAGCAGGAGAGGAAGGAGCGGCUGCAGCGGUCCGAGGGGGCCUGGUCCAAGUGGAUGGCCAACAUCGACAAGCGGCCCAAGCCCGUGCCCCUCAACCAGGGCUUUGACUCCCUGCGCGGCAUUCAAAAUAUUUCCAUUAUUAGUUUAAGUUUUUAUGUUGGUGGAGCAGCAACGACAGGCCGCAAGAAGUGGAUCUUCACUGUGUCCUCCUCCGUGCUGUUGCCUCGGAACUCUUAUCAGAUAUUUUCUGCUCCAUUGGAACCCAAGACCCGAAAUCAGAGACUGCUCCUCCUUUGGCUAACACCUGACACGAACGAUCAAUCAGCCCUCCAGGCCACAUGCGUCCAGCCUUGUACGAGCAUUUUCAGACAGGAUGGGAGAUGGGAGACGACGCUGUUACAGAUGCUACAGAUGCCAUGUCUUGCCCGGCAGUGAUUUAAUACAGGCUAUAAGCAAAUGCAUUCAUAGGCAACAUUUAAGCCCGCACUUACCCCUGUGGCCGCUCAUUUCGCAAUCUAAAUUUCGACUCCUUGCUUGUUUUAUGCAUAAUUCUGUUGCUGGAAAUACAUUGUUUUUGGAUUAAAAAAUUACAUUAAGCCACGCCGAAUCGGGGCAGUUGAACUCAGCUGUGGGUGGGCCAUUGGCUCUGCCCCACACCGAACUGCAGCCAAUGGAACAAUGUCGCAGCGACU